AACCACAAAAUUUAGUGUGAAGUGAAGCUUUGAUAGAGCUCAGUCAUGGGAGUAAUGUCAGGCUAUUCCCUUCCUCUCCUUUUCUUAACUCUGUUUGCCACCGCAAACCUUUUCAUUCCAGCAGUUCACGGAGGAAACUGCGCGGAGUCUAAAAGCUCUACCCUCUUGAUCGUCUUCGGCGACUCAUUCUUUGAUGUUGGCUACGGUAAUGAUGAACUUUGUCUUCCAUCUAAUGACCCACCAUAUGGGAAAUCACUUAACCCCGAGGUUCGUACUGGAAGAUUCUCGGAUGGUCUUGUAGUACCUGAUUAUAUUGCCAAAUAUUUACGCCUGGCCGAUGAUGAGGGCAAAGUUACUGCAUACAAGAGUAGCUUAAAUAUCCAACAAACAUUACAAGGAUGUGCAAGUUUGAGCUUCGCCAUGGCCGGAGCAGGUGUCAAGCAAAGCGCAGAUAAGUCGAAAUCACUAAGCAGUCAAGUUGAUAUUUUCCUCGGUGAUUCGAAAAAGUAUUUUGUUGAAAGCGGAGCGAAAUUCGUAGGCAAGCAAGAUGAGACUCUCUAUUUAUUUUCAAUAGGUACAUACGAUUAUCUUUUUAAUCUUCACCGUAUGAAAGAUGAGGAACAUGUUCAAGAUAGCGCAGAACGUGUUACAGCGGCAAUAGUGGACCAAGUUAAAAGAAUAGCAAAAGAUGGCAGUGUGACUGGAAAAAGAUUUGCGUUCACGACCGUUGCACUACGCUAUUUGCCGGUUGUGCAAAAAGUAUAUUACAAGGACCAAUCGCAGCUGGGCUUGCUUGAUAAACUGGAAACCAUCCACCAUAGCAAACUUGGAGAGAAGUUGGCAAAAUUAGCUCAAGAGCUAAGGGCUACUGGUAUAAUGAUCAACUAUUCAAUAUUGCAAUACCACAGCAUUAUCAAAGCUAUAAUGGAGGGACCUGAAAAAUAUGGUCUCGAUAGGACCACAGUUAUGGACGCUUGCUGUGGUGAUCGGUCCUAUAAUGCAGACGGUUGUGGCCAUUCGGAUAAGAGGGGUUGCAAUGACCCUACUGCUUAUGUGUUUUGGGAUGGUAUGCAUAACACUCAGCACAUUAAUCAGGAAAUAGCUCGCAUAUUCUGGAACGGACCCACAGAUAUGACAUUUCCUCAAAAUUUGCAGACUCUAGCAGGUACUCGCAAACCACAAUACGAUUUCUCUGUCAAUGCUGAUGAAUUAAUUGGAUCAAAGUGUUGCUUAGACACGACUCAAAAGCAAGAAACUUCAAGUCUUAGUAAUUAAGAUAUGAUCUAAAAAUAUGUAUGGGAUCUUGUUUGAUCGAGUUCUUGGUUUCUAUGUAUGCUACACAGUUUCCUAAAUAACUUAGAUACCAUCUCUGGCUCAUAUGGGCUUUAAUUGAUGGUUGUUUGUAAACAUGUUCAACUCAUGUAUUGUGUGUUAUUUGUUAUGAUGGAACAAUGUCCUUUGUAAUAUUUUCCUAAUAUGUGACUCUAUUCAUUUCUUUCCUUUAAUUCAAGGCUUAAUCACUUAUGGUGAAGAUAAAUACCAUAUUGCUUU